AUGAGUGUCCAACUGCCCCCUGCCACCUAUCGCAAACGCACCCUGCCGCAGGGUGAGCUCGAAGCUGCCUCAACCCUCAAGCUGGGUGCGGACCAGAACACCCACACACUCUCCCUGUCCGAGGCUCGAUUGGUUAUCCACAAGGUGCUGGAGAACAAGCGACGUGGAGGCAACAAGUACGAGGAGCCAGAGACCCUGACCAAAACCCUGGAUUAUCUGGAUGCAUUUGCUCGGUUCAAGGAUGAGGAGAACAUCAAGGCUGUGGAGCGAUUGUUGAACUCGCAUACGGAACUCGAGAUGUUUGAGCGAUCCCAGCUUGGAAGCCUGUGCUGUGACAAUGCCGAGGAAGCCAAAUCGCUCAUCCCCAGCCUUCAGCAUAAGAUCUCCGAUGGAGACCUGCAGGAACUACUGGAUGAGUUGACUAAGCUGCGCAACUUUACCGAGUAA